UUUGGAAUGCUCGAAUUGUACAGAUUUGACCAGUGCAAUCUGUGUUAUUAUUCAACCCCACAAUGCUGGUUAAACUAAGCUAUUUUUAAUGCCCAGAGUAAUUUCUAACAUUUCCCACUCCCAACGGGGAUUGAGAAAGGGAUUCCAGAAGUUGGGGGCUUAUUCAGACUCUUCUUUGAAGUCUACCUUCUUCCUGUGUACUUUCAGCCCAAAGUAAGACUUUUUGAGUUGGGAAGAGAUACUUCUGAAUUAAACUACUGAACAGUGUCACCCAACUCUAAUCCCAGCCACCUUUAUUCUAGGCAUACCAUACUCACUGCCAUGCUCACCCUUCUGUUGGGCACCUCUGUCCUCCUUCCUAUUGGCCUUCGGCUCUUAUCCACUGUUCAGUCCGUAGGCCUCACUAGCUCCUUUUUGCCCAGCUCUGUGGUGCUGCUGGCCUGCCUCCUCUACCUACUCAAGUAACCCCUCUAUCAUUAAUUUAUUGCUCUGUGUUUCCAUCUAAGGAUCUUACCUAGCCAUGUGGCCUGCUGCCUCUGCCAAUUUUAAAAGAAUAUUGAGGUUGUCUGCAAGAUGGUGAAGCUGCAUUGCAGUAGUGCGUGUCCGGCAAACACCACACAUUGUCAUGAGUCCAAAUUGUCUGGUGAUAAAUUGUUACAUUAUUUUAGUUAUUUGCUUUUAAAGCUUUUAUUUUUAAUUGAUGAUAAAAUGUUCAGCUAAUGACAUAAUUGCUUUAUUUUAACUUACUCAUUCAGAGUUAAACUCCCUGAAUUUCUGAACUACUUCCUUGCUGAGAGUCAGGUUCUCAGUUAUUAUUACAAAAUUUAAUACUAGAGCUGUUCUAUAUGCAUAAAUGACAAAGAGAAAGGAAUGGAAAGGGUAGGGAAUGACAUUAACAUCCACACACUGUGUACUGUGUACUGUGCUCUCUGCUUGGUGCUUUGCCCCCAGUGGUAAUUUAGUCAUAUAAUGCGAUGUGGUUUGUAAGCUGAUUUUUUAUGCAUGAGGUCUCAAGUGUAGGACAGAGGUAGAUCUGCAAAAGCCUGACCUGAGGUCAGAAGCAGAUCCAAAGACUUAACCUAUACCAUUUUUGUUUUUGAAGAUGCAAUGGCUAGAGUUACAAAUAUGAAGGUUUUAAAGUUAAAAACAAACCAGUUGCACACCAUUUCUGAAAACACAACCUACCAUACUCCUCCUGGGGCAGAUUCCGCUGGGACUGCGUUCAACUUAGGGCCAACUGUUAAACAAACCAAUGAAACACGAUGGGAAUUCAACAACGUGGGCACUGACCUGUCCCCCAAGCCCAAUAGCUUCAAUUACCCAUUGCUCUUGUCUCCAGGUGAUCAGUUUGAAAUUCAGCUAAAGCAGCAGCUAGGGUCCCUCAUCCCCAACACUGAUGUGAGAAGGCUCAUUUCUCAUGUUCUCCGAGCCUUGAAGAUGGACUGCUCUGAGACCCACGUGCAGCUGGCCUGUGCCAAGCUCAUCUCCAGGACAGGCCUCCUGAUGAAGCUUCUCAGUAAGCGGCAAGAGGUAAAGGUGUCCAGGGCAGAAUGGCAUAUGGGCCAAUGGAAAACUGAGAACUAUAUCCUGAGAUAUAUCUCCUGAGAUACAGACUAUAACUGAGAACAAUAUCCUGAGAACUAUGAUUCCACAUGCAUGGAAUUAUUCUCAAGACCCAGGCAGGAAACACUACUUUUUCAUUUAUUUAUUUUUCCCUGGUUCCUAGAACUGAGGAAACACUACUUUCUCAUCCUACUGGUUUUUGGGCCCCCACUCUAUCCCUUUUACACAAACCUCAUAGAAUUGUUUAACUACGAGAGGCCUUAGUAGUUUGUCCUUCUAUGAUGGGAAAACUGAGAAAGGGAGAGUGUCUUGCUCCGUGGCCACACUGCUGGCAAGGAUCAGGAAGAGGAUGGCUCUGUGCUCGCUGGGGACUUCACUGAUUAUGUUGUGCUUGGGCUGUGAGCCACAUUCUGCGCCACAAAUCAACACAUACAGACUGUACAGACAGAAGUGGUUUCUGAAACAAUGCACUCUGGCUCUUUAUUCAUAUUCAAGAAGAAUUAUGUUGUCCUUUAAGCUGA